UCACAAUUAAAAGAAAAAAAAAAGUGAAACCAUAAAAGAGUUAGCGUGGAAACCGGGUUACCAGAAAAAAAGACCCACUCGACCCGACUUCCUUCUAAGCGAGAAAAAAACCCUAGCCAAGAAGCUUCACUCUCUCGCCAUCUCCCCAUCUCACUGGCUAUUCAAGCUUCAAUUCGGAUCCACAAUCGAGACUCAUUUGUGGAAGGUGAUAUGGCAAUGAACUGCAUCAAGUCAUUGAGAAAUCUUCCUGUUACAAGUGGAUUAGGAGCUUCUAGAACAUUUGCUGCCGGGGCUAAAGCCAAGAAAGGCAAGGGUGGGGCCGCUGCCGAUGCUCCAAAACAGUCAACUUUAAGCAAAGAAGUCAAGUCAACAACUGUUGUCGGGGCAAACAUUCUUAAAGAUGGAACCGACCCUAAAAUACUACCUGAUUCUGAAUACCCGGAUUGGCUAUGGCAUCUUCUGGACAAGAAACCGGCUUUGAGUGAGCUUAGAAGGAAAAAUAUAGAAACUCUUCCUUAUGAAGACCUAAAGCGGUUUGUGAAGCUCGAUAAUCGGGCAAGAAUCAAAGAAAACAACACUACCAAGGCCAAGAACUGAUUGAAGUUUAGAAUCAUCAAGAAUUUUAGGUAUGUAAUAGAUGAUUAUUGCCUAUCAUACUAUAAACUGGUACUUUUGUUCUUGAGUCUAUGCAUCCUCUUUGGUUAGUUCAUGCGAACAUAUUUUAAUAAUGUUUGAAACUGGACAUUUGUUUUCUUAUUUGAGCAAUUAUCAUGUUCUUUUGGCGUC